CGUCCCGGCGGUAACGACUAGCGUGGGGACAACUUUUGCCCCGCUGACUUCCGUAAGAUCAUUGGGUAUGAUCCCGAUCAUGUUUGUCCCUAGCCCAAUGCCUACGACGACUCCGUUAUUUUCGAUCUCAUUGCCCCUAUCCAUGUGUCUCGUUCUGGGAUCAAAUAUGUCAGGGGUAAUGGCACCACCGAUGAUGUAUCCUCCGCAUCUUGCUCACGGGAUUAAUUCCCCUGAAAAUUCUUGGGAUUACCCCAACGCCAUUCGUCCCCCGGACGAUCCAUUCCAUCCAGCCAGUGAACUUGGUUUCGGCAAUGAACCAAGCUGGACCCUCACGUCCGCCGGUACACCAUGUGGCCAUGUUGUUUCGGUCACCAAUGAGGAAGAGUGGGAUGAGCCCCGUACCAACAAGGGCAAGGGCAUCGCCAAGUCUACCAAAACCCGAGACUCGGCAUUCAAACUUCUCGAUUCUAAAAAUGAGGGUCCCCAGAAAUCUACAAAACUUAGGCUCAGACCUGAUAUGGGUAAGAUCGGAUCUUUUGAAAGGCUAGCUAAAAUCUUUCAAAAGAAGUAUCAGGACAAUUGCGUCAAGAGGAAGAAGUUCACCUACCUAAACACGGUAGGACAGAAGGAGAAGGAGACCUUGAUCCAGUUCCUCACCCGGUGGAAGGAGGAAAUGGACAAGGUGGAAGAGAUUGACGAAAAUACCUCCAUGUCGCUCCUCAUUAAAGCAUUCCGCUCUGGGGAACUCUAUACAGAAUUUUGUAGGAAACCUCCUGCUGUCUACCAGGAAGCAUACAACACCACAUGGGAGUAUGGGGAAGCGGAGAACCUGAAUCAGAGCAAGAGAGAACUGGAGGAAGGAUAUAAGGCAAAGUCAUCCCAGGCCAAAAGGGAAGAUCAAUCAGGAGGCUCGAAGUCAAAAACUCAUCACGAAGGCAUUGUGCAUGAGAUCCGAGAUGAUAAAAAAGGGGGCAAGCCUAAAAAGCCCUGGACAGACAAAUGGUGCACCUACCACCAAUCAGAUCCACACAAUACUAUGGAGUGCUGGAGUAUGAAAGUUUUACUUUGGGAAAUGGUAAACAAAGGCGAGUUCAGUGGGGAGUACGCGGAAGAAGCGAGAAAGGCAAAUAGGUGGAAUCGCCCUGGAGAAGGGGAAAAAGAUAAGGCAAUGAAACCCCCUCCAAGAACGGAGUACAUAACCAUGAUUGUGGGAGGGCCUGAAGGGGGAGACACAACGUUCCAAAGGAAGAAUUGGGCAAGGAGCUUGAAUGUGGAAACGGUGUCGGCGGAACCACAUACAAAAAAUGUGAAGAGAGAACCUAUCACUUUCAGUGACAGGGAUUUGCCCCGUACCGGGGAAGAUCAUAAUGACCCACUGGUCAUUACAAUGGAUAUAAAUGGUGCAGACAUGGCCAGAGUGUUAGUUGACACAGGGAGCAGUGUUAAUGUUCUGUACUUGGAGACGUUCAAGAAGCUGAAGUUGGAUAGGUCAUAGCUGGAGCCCCUGCAGACUCCCUUGUCAGGCUUCAGCGGAGCAACGAUUGAGGCUGAGGGAACUAUCACAUUGCCAGUAUAAUUGGGGACAG